UAUUGAUAAGAUAACAUUCAUAAGUAUAAAUUCAAGAAUAUUGUAAAAUAAAUAUAAGCUGUAUCAGUUAGGCUAGAGCGCUUUUAGUGGUGAUAGUUUUUUGUGCACAGGAAAUCGUAUUGUUAAUUUAAACUCGCUUAACCAUUCAGCCAGAAAUUAUAAAAUAUGUCUGAAGAUACGCCUAGAGUUCUCUCAAUUCAAAGCCAUGUCGUACACGGAUACGUCGGUAAUAAAAGUGCAGUUUUUCCUUUGCAAGUAUUAGGAUUUGAAGUCGAUUCUAUCAACACAGUCCAGUUCUCAACACAUACUGCAUAUAAACACAUAAAGGGCAAUGUGUUGAAAAAUGAAGAAAUGGAGGAACUCAUUGAUGGUCUGACAUUGAAUGAGGUUGACUAUUACACACACCUCAUUACUGGCUACUCGAGAUCACCAGACUCUUUAAAACAAAUAGCUGGAAUCAUCAAAAAGCUGAAACAGAAGAAUCCUAACUUAAUAUAUGUUUGCGAUCCAGUCAUGGGCGACAACGGCAAAAUGUACGUCCCAGAAGACAUAUUACCUGUGUACCGGGACAUAGUGGUGCCACUCGCAGACAUCAUCACUCCCAACCAGUUUGAAGCUGAACUAAUGACUGGCCUUCGAGUAGAGAACGUAGAGGGAGCUUGCAAAGUUAUUGAAGUGCUGCAUAGUAAAGGCGUGAAGACUGUAGUGCUUUCGAGCACGGAUUUGGGUGACAGUGACAAUAUGAUUGCAAUAGCCAGCUCAAAUGGUGAAUGUUACACAAUCCAGAUUCCGAAAGUGGACGCGACGUUCACGGGCACCGGCGACCUGUUCGCAGCACUGUUCCUGGCGUGGGCGUAUAAAACUGCCGACAACUUGCAGCUCACGCUCGAGAAGACGAUCGCUACGCUGCAGGCCAUUGUCAAAGACACCUACCAGAAAGCUAGAGGCAAACACCCUACUGGCAAGGUGCCCCCGGCGCUGAUAGAGCUCAGAUUGAUACAGAACAAAGCCACCAUCGAAGAUCCGGCCAUACAAAUCAAUGCUAAGAAGCUGGAUUGUAGUUGUUAAGAAAAUAUAAUAAUUUGUUGUUGUCUAGAGUCCACCUAAGCUAACUUUGCACUAGCUUGAACAAAACAAAAGAAAGGAGUGGAGAAUUUGAUAUUUAUUAUUAUGACAUCGCCAUACCUUGUCUGGCAAAUGCUAGGCAAAUUUAGCGUGGUCCGACUCUACAGCUUUAAGAUCGUACGAAGACACGCUUUUGUUAACAGCAAAUUAUUAAAUGCGAUUUAGAAAUGUAUGUUAAAGUUAUAUUUAGCUGACAGAUGCUUGCAACUAUUUGACUUUGAAGUUUAGAACGAAAUUAAACUGUUAGUACUUCGCUAUGGUACAGUCGCCAUCAGAUAUAUCGGAGCAGCUAAGGCGCUCACAAAUAUCUGAACACACCUCUAUUGUCAUGAGCGUUAGAGUGCGUGUUCAGAUAUUGUGAACACCUUGGCCGCUCCCAUAUAUCUGAUGGCGACUGUACUUCGACAUAGCAAAAUUAAGUAACAAAUGGCCGCAUAAUAAUGUUAGGUAAAGCCUGAUCAGUAAUAUAUGAUCACGCGCCAUAUUGCGGAAUUUCAUUAGAACUAAACUAUUCAUACUAUACUGAACUGUCGCCAUAUAAAUGAGAAUAACAACACUCUCUUGACAAUGAUCGUGUAACGGGUCAGGCUUUACAAACUUAUGGACAAAGGAAAGAAAGGUUCAAGUAGUGCAAAACAUUGUAACUGAAAUUGAGAGCCAAAGUAGUAUGUUAUAUGUAAUUGUUCCAACUACAAUUCAUACGGCAGAUUAAAUCAGAUGUUGUGUGAAUUGUUUUCCAUCGUAUUUUCUAGGAAACGUUCGUAUUUGUCAUGCUAGUUCAAUAUCAGUAAGUACUUUUUGUACCGAGACUGGCUGAAAUAGCAAGACACGUUCGUAAUUCGUAAGUUACCGUGAAAAUACGACGGAAAAUAAUUAUGCACUACAUCUGUACCUGCAGUUCCUGAGAGUUAAUUAACCUUUUUAUGAGUGAGCUAACAAACUAUCGUCGACUUUGGAUGACUUACGAAUGUUAGAAGAAUGACGGCGCGUAGCAAAAUGUGAUAUAGUUUAGUAGUUAAAUUGUUUUUACUUUGUACUGACUUACCUACAUAAUACUGGGUAUAUUUAAAAACAAUAGAUUUUACGAUGCAGAAUCACCUGCUAACGUUUGUAAUAAAAAUGGCAAUAUAAAGAAAUCCAUGUGACUAUAUUAUAAUAAUGACAUUAUAAAGUUUUAUUUUUAAUUUUACUAGCUAAUUAGUAAUUAUAUAAUUAGACAAUGGUGAAAACUAGUUGGUCCAAACAGUCUUCCAUAGGAAAAAUAAAGUAUAAAUAAUAAUUAUAUGAAUAUUUCUAAAUAUAAAUUUACGAAUGUUGCAACUUUGUUAUUAUGUUAUGUUUAAUUUAGAUUUUAUGCUGUUAUGAGUACAAUUUUACUUUAAAUAUAAUAGCUACAUGUUUAAAACA